AUAAAAUGAUAAAAAGCAAAAUGUUGAGUACAUUUUUCUCUGCUCAUCUUCAACAAAGAUUGCACCUUUCUUAGCAAAAACUGAUUCCUUCUUCAAGUCUCCGAUUUUGACUUUCAAAAUCCCUAGUUUUUCCUGAAUCAUUUGCUUCUUCAUCAUCUUGAGAGAUGGAGAACGCAUCGUCAUCGUCGAGUCUUCUCAUUGAAGAGAGAGAAGAAGUAAUGGUAACUGAUAAAGGUCGUUGCUUGAGAAAAAACCAUUUCUUAAAACCCUUUGUUACCUCCAUCAAUGGAGGCUCUGUGGCUGAGCUUCCCCGCCGUGAUGAACGUCUCUCUGUUUCCUCUUCGCAGCUACUAAAGCUCUUCUCUUUGCGGAGAACUUUCUCUGGGUUUUGGGUUGUAGAUGCUCCUUUCGUAUCUUGGCUUGCAAAAAUGGAAGCUUUACACGCACAAACAUGGAGAAAAGCUGGGAUUUUUGAAGCAAUUAAAGUAUCUACUUACAGUAUCACCAAAAACCCAUCUCUGAUUCUCUCUGUUUCUGAAAAAUGGUGCCCUGAAACCAAAUCGUUUGUCUUCCCUUGGGGUGAAGCAACCAUAACUUUAGAGGAUGUAAUGGUGCUUCUAGGGUUUUCCGUUUUGGGCUCUCCGGUCUUUGCCCCUUUAGAAACCUCGGAGACGAGAGAUUCGGUAAAGAAACUGGAGAAUGUAAGAAUCCAGCAUAUGAAUAGCAGCACAGACAGGCGUGUGAGCCAAAAAUCAUGGGUUUCGACCUUCUUGGGUAGAGGUGGGGACAUGGAGCAUGUAGCGUUUCUGGUAUUGUGGCUUUCGCUUUUCGUAUUUCCAGUUAAAUCUCGUCGUAAUAUCUCGAAUCAUGUUUUCCCAAUAGCUGUUCGUUUAGCUAGAGGGGAAAGGAUAGCUCUUGCCCCUGCUAUUCUCGCAAUCCUCUACAGAGAUUUGGAUCGAAUCCAUGAGGUAUCUAGAGAAGAUUGUGUUGACAAAUUCCAUCUGGAAUCUUUGUUUAAGUUAGUACAAGUUUGGACAUGGGAAAGAUUCAGGAACAUAAGACCAAAAGCCAGUGACAUUCCCAAAGGUGAACCUAGAAUAGCUCAGUGGCAUGGUUUGCAUCGAAGAUCUAAGGAUGCGUGGUUCUGUUUUGAUGAUUUUGAGUGGCGUCCUUAUACUAAAGCAUUGAACAAUUGGAACCCAUUUCGGUUUUACCUUGAGGAAGCUAUUUGGGUGACUGUUGAUGAAAGUAUUGAUGAUGAGUUUGCUUCUUUUGCUCGGUGUGUGACAGUUUCUCAGAUUGUUGGAGAUGGUUUUGUAGAGGAUUACUUCCCAAAUAGAGUGGCGAGACAGUUCGGUUUGGAUCAAGAUCUUCCUGGUUUGGCUACUUGUCAAAGAAACUCCACAGAAAAGGAAGCUUGGAAUGAUUACAAUAAGUCUCUUAUUGGUUUAAACCUCUACAUGCCUUCUCGCCUCGAUCAAGGUUCUGUCACUGCGAGAUACCGAGUCUGGUGGCUGAAAUCAGUUUCAAAGUUUCUGAGUCCUGAAGAGAUGAAGGAAGAAUCAACUGAAACUUUUAACGCAAGGAAGACAUUUGAUCAUUAUGACGAAGAUUAUGAUGAUGAUAUUGAUGCAUCUCCCAAGGUACUGCCUUUGAGUCAGGUGUUUCAGAAAUUGGAAGAAGGUUUUCCCGCAAAACGCAGAAGGUCUGUGAUACAUAGAUUGGUAAAGCAAGAUAAGAUAGGUGGGUGUGUGAACAGUCGUGUAUCAUCAGGUUGGAAGAUGAACAACACAAGUGAGGAUUUUACAAACAAUAGAAGCAUUUACAAGCCAGUGGUGCUGAAGCGAGCUCAUGGGGGUAAUGAUGGUAUUUCUACGGGUGAAGAAAAGGAUAACAUGACUAUUGCUCAAAGGAUCAGAUCUAAGGAGAAGUAUAGCAGUAAUGCGGAGAAUACUCUAGGAGAUGCUUCUGAAACACUUGGAAAAAGGGCUAGAAGAUAUAUGACGGUGGAUAGCGAUGACGACUCAGAGCCUUGUCAAAAGCUUGCUUCGACAAAAAUAGAGCAAAGGAGUGAAGAGGAUGAUGAAACUACAAGCAAAUCACACAAGACAAGGGAGAUUUUCAAUGAUUUUGAGGUUGACGUGAUUGGAAAUACUGCAGGGAAGAAGAGUAUGAUCGAUGAUGAGCAGCAACAUAAUGGAUCGACUAUGAAAAGCAUUGGAAGCAAUGGGAGCAAGAAAGCAGAGUUUUUGGUCCAUAAAAAUAGCGAAAAGCAUAGAUGCAAUGAGAAAAUGUGCAGUGAAGUUAAAAAGCAAGAAGAAAUUGAUGAAAGGUUGAAAGAGAGAAAGCUUGCAAUAAAGGAGAUGGAACUGAAGCUUGAGGCACAUAUGAUUGAGAUGGAGAAGACUUUGUCCAUGAUUAGAAAGUGGAAAAUCAGAGGAAACCAGAUUAAAAGUCGAGUUUCUGCUUAGGAUCUCAUGGAAAUAAAACAACAGUGUCACACAUAUCAAUCUUUGGUGUGGUUUUCUUUUACUCUUUUGCUCUUUUGCAUAUGUAAAGAACUCACCAGACACAAAUAUUUAUUGUGUUAGUAAUUAGAAAUACAUGGAAUGGAGAAUCAGUACGUAUGCUUUUGAAUUAGGCGCAGAGAAAGUGAGUACGUAUGAGAGGUCACUAUUCAAAUAAAGUUCCGGGAAAGUCCGGUAUCAUAUUUAAGAAUUAAAAGACCGUUCGGUUUAUAAGAAAUUUGACUCAAUUUC